CCAAAGAAAAGGGAAAAUGGAAACCUUCACACAAUACCAUGCAAUAUAUGAAACCAGCGUUUCGAAACGUGGCUCCCUACAAUAUAUCAAACCGUCUUUUCUCGUUCCUUAAAUCCUAACCCUCUCCUUCUGGUAUCCCCGUUUUGGAGACCCGAAACGUUUCACCUUUCAGCCCCCGUUUCAUGCUUCUCCUCCUCAAUGGCGGAGCCUCAGUCGUCGCUAGAGAAGCAAUUCGACUCGUUUAGGGUUCAGCUGGAACAAUCUGGAACGCUCCGCGACCGAAUUCGAAGCGUCGUUUCGGAGAUUGAGUCUUCCACUAGGCUCAUCUAUGCCACUCUUCUUCUCGUUCAUCAGUCUCGCCCCCACACCCGGGCUUUUAGAGAAGGCCAAGUCUCAGUUCAACGUGUUAAAGGAGCAGUAUAAGGAGCUUGCUGAAGUUCUUGGAGGAAGCUCUUAGCAAUACUAUAGGUAUCAUGGUGAUUGGAAGAGUGAAACACAGACUGUAGUUUCGAUGCUUACGUUCAUGUACUGGCUAGAAACAGGAAGCCUUCUCGAGCACAAAGAGGCUGAGGAAAAACUUAUGUUGGGUUCAGACUUUGGUCUAGACGUUGAAGACUAGUUAAUAGGUGUCUGUUUUAUGUCUAAUGAAUUGCCAAGGUAUGUGGUGAAUCAAGUGACAGCUGGGAAUUACGAUUGUCCAAAGGUCUUAAAGUUCUUGACAGAUCUCCAUGCUGCAUUUCGUAUGCUUAAUCUUCGAAAUGAUUUUUUUCGAAAAAAUUUGAUGACACACACAUUUAGAAGCUUCAAGAGAAGAAUAAUGAAGGGGAAGUUUCUGAGAGGGUGUCUUAACAAGUGGAAGAAAGUGGGGAGUCGAGUGAUCCAGUGUGGUGCCUACGGUUACUGCUGCGAAUGGGAAGUGUGGCCAUGGAUGCAGAACGAAGGAGAAUCUGAUAUUCCGAACGAUGUGCCAAAGGGUCAUUUGGUUGUGUACGUGGGAGAACACCACAAGAGAUAUGUGAUAAAGAUCACGUUGCUCCAUCAUCCUCUCUUCAAGACCUUGCUGGAUCAGGCUCAGGAUGAAUACGAUUUCAUUGCAGACUCAAAGCUCUAUAUUCCUUGCACUGAACAUCUUUUCCUCACUGUCCUUCGCUGUGCAGCCUCUCCACAUAAUCAACGACUCUCUCUCUGCGUCUGAGUCAUUAUUUACCUCUAACAACUACCACGACAUAUAUAUAUAUGUAGCCAUAAUAUUAUGUUGUAGAUCGAGGUUCUUGUUUGAUCUGUGUUUUUUUCUCUUAUCAGGGAACAUGCAGAGUUAAUUAGCGCAUUGAGCAAAUUAAGGGAAGUUCAUUAGUUCUCAAUAUAAGUUAAUUACUUGAUCCUUGGAUUGGAUUACUUAAGGAUGAUGAGGAUCUCUUGGUAGCAAUAAGAAAAUGAACUGUCAAUAGUGUAGUAAUAUGCAGAAAAGUUAAAAGUUUGUGGAGACAUGUGUGCCGACCAAAGUCCAAGGUAGAUCUGAUACUCUACAUGCAUAUAAAUAAACUAUGUAUAGCAUUUAUAUUGGGAUAA